CGGUCGGUCGGCAGUGACGAUUGUUUACACGAUGGCGUCCGGCGGUGAAAACGCGACCGAGGAACGGACGGAGGCGUCAACGCCGGCUCAACCCGUUGCCAAUGCCGUAUCCGAGACGACCCACAAAGUAAUAGGGAUGGAUAAGGAUGGCGAAUUGUCUGGCGUACCAGCAAAGAAACCUCGUGUCGAAGUGCAAUCUCUUCCAACCAGACAGUAUUUAGAUCAGACGGUAGUGCCGAUAUUGCUGCAAGCAUUGUCAUGUCUGGCCAAAGAGAGACCUGCCGAUCCUAUAAGUUUCCUUGCCGGUUAUUUAUUGAGAAACAAAAGUCAGUAUGACAGCGGCGGUUCACCGCCGACUAGUCAAUGAAUGCUUCCACGUCUGCGCAAGCCCGUUUUAUGGAAACUCAAUGAACAUUUUUUCGUAAGAAAUCUCUUUUGAUUUUUUAAAUACAUAUUUAUGAUAAACAUAUAUACUUUUGUAUUUUCGUAUUAUGAAAUAAAAAUGUGUUAGCGUUUUACUGUAGGGACGACAGUGAUGCAUGAUGCACAAAAUAUCUGGAUAGAGCUUAGUGCUGCGGGGGUUGAAGUUCAAGGGGAAAGUAACGUAAAAUCAAUCAAGAUGGCAACGAUUGGUAGCGAAAAAAGCGGGACGCACUACGUUAAUACUAAAUAAAGACUUGUCUACAAUGCUGUUGUAAUCAAUGUUGUUUAGAUAAGGGCGUCUAGUUUAAUAAUCACAUUGCAAUUGAUCAUAAUCAUUCAUAGCGACUAAUGCUUGGAAUAUUUCCACUGGAAAAUUUUAUAUUUAAUUAUCCAAUUAGCGAUAUGGGCUAACUCUGUUCAGUUAGGUUGCAGUUUUAAAAUCGCAGUUGAAUUAGGUUGCAAUUUUAGAAGAUCUCAUAGUUGAAUCAUGUUAUGAUGCUUGUGUGCAUACUUUAGUCGCAAGCCACUAGGUUGUACCAUAAUAAUACUGAAUCAGUUAUGAACAGUGUACUAUAUUUCUUGUGAAUGGUUCAUUGUAGAUCGUAGCGAAAUUUAUAAUCAUAGUUGUUGGAAUAGGAAUGACAAAUCGAAUCGAAUCAUUGCGCAUUCAAGUAUCCUGUGAUUAGAAUCAGUAUUUCAACCGCACUUGCGAUUUUAGACGAGUUUGCGACUGCAUUGUACACUACGCUUUACACUAACUGUUCACGAACACGAUGCUAUGUGCCUGUAACUGAUAAAAUGGAUUUUUCCCCAUAAUCUCUCAAGCUUUACUCUCUUGGCCUAAAAGAAUAUUUUACGCUCCGUCCAGGUAUUUCGUACGUUUAUGUUUUAGCGAGACAACGUUGGUGUUAUUUUGAGAAAUGUAACAUUAAUUAGUUUUAAA